CCGGGGCUGCUGCUCCGGCUGCUGCAGGAGGCGGCGCUGGCUGGCGGCUGCGCUCGCUCCAGUCAGCGAGCGGAGGAGCGAGCGUGUGUGUGUGUUUUUUAAAGAUGGCCGGAGCGGCGGCGGCGGUGGCCGCGGGAGCAGCAGCUGGAGCCGCCGCGGCAGCGGGGUCGGUGUCGGCUCCGGGUCGGGCCUCGGCGCCCCCUCCGCCUCCGCCCGUGUACUGUGUAUGCCGGCAGCCGUACGACGUGAACCGCUUCAUGAUCGAGUGCGAUGUCUGCAAGGACUGGUUCCACGGCAGGCCGCUGCCGCUGCCGCCUGCGCCUCCCUCGGGCUGGGCCGCCGCCGCGUCGCGCCCCACGUCCCGACUCUUAGGCACCGAGCCCCCGGGCCGGGUGGAGGCGAGAGCGGGGGCCCCCGGUUGCCGGGCAGGCUGCGGAACGGAGCCGGUGGGCUCGGCCGGCCCGGGCGAAGAGUCGCCACAACAAACAGGAACAAAGGGGCCGGCGGAGAAGUUGGCAUGGGAAGCCCAGUUGAGGGGACGCGGCGGGCGGCACGGCUCGGGUGGCGGCGGAGCGAAGGCAGGCCCGCAGCCCGCGGUCCCCCCACCGCCCUGGCUGCCGCCGGCCGCUGUGUCCCGGGCUCCCUUCGCCCCGUGCCUGCCCUCGCCGGCCGCCGCGCUUGCUGCGCUUCCGGGCGGCCGCCGCUCGGUCCGGUCGCGGGUCGCCCUCGCCGCGGGUCCCGUCGCGCCCCCUUCUCUCUUUAUCAAACUUCCUCGGGCGGCGGGACGGGGCGGCGGGACGACGGGCGCGAGUAAACAGAGCAACAGAUGUGGCACCCGCGGCUCGCGAGCCCGCCGCGGUGGCCUGGGCACUGCGGCCAUCCAACUUUGGGGCGGUGCGGUGGCGGACGAUGCCCUCCGAUGCCGUCGCCGCCGCACCGCAGGUUUGACGUUUGGGAGAGCUCGGGCCGCCUCCGCAGCCAGGCCGCCGACUCGUGUGUUUUGUAAUCAAAGUAAUUCAGUGAAGAAGAGGAGGAACUGGCACAGGCAUGACUACACAGAAGUGGAUGAUGGCUCCAAACCUGUUCAAGCUGGAACUAGGGCCUUUGUUAAAGAACUACGUUCUCGAGUCUUCCCAAGUGCCGAUGAAAUCAUUGUAAAGAUGCAUGGCAGUCAGCUGACACAAAGAUAUCUGGAGAAACAUGGAUUUGAUGUCCCUAUUAUGGUCCCUAAAUUAGAUGACCUUGGACUCAGGCUCCCUUCACCUGCUUUUUCAGUGAUGGAUGUGGAACGUUAUGUAGGUGGUGACAAAGUGAUAGAUGUUAUUGAUGUGGCAAGGCAGGCGGACAGCAAAAUGACACUUCACAAUUAUGUUAAAUACUUCAUGAAUCCUGACAGACCAAAAGUGCUAAAUGUGAUCAGCCUCGAAUUUUCAGAUACAAAAAUGUCUGAAUUGGUGGAGGUUCCUGAUAUAGCCAGAAAACUUUCAUGGGUGGAAAAUUACUGGCCAGAUGAUUCAGUCUUCCCCAAGCCCUUUGUCCAGAAAUACUGCUUAAUGGGAGUUCAAGAUAGCUAUACAGAUUUCCACAUUGACUUUGGUGGGACUUCAGUCUGGUACCAUGUCCUUUGGGGUGAGAAGAUUUUUUAUUUGAUAAAGCCAACAAAUGAAAAUUUGGCACUCUAUGAAUCUUGGAGUUCAUCUGUGACCCAGAGUGAGGUGUUCUUUGGAGAUAAAGUAGAUAAAUGCUACAAAUGUGUGGUAAAGCAGGGACAUACCUUAUUUGUUCCUACAGGGUGGAUUCACGCUGUGCUCACUUCUCAGGACUGUAUGGCUUUUGGAGGUAACUUUCUGCACAACCUCAACAUUGGCAUGCAGCUCAGGUGUUAUGAGAUGGAAAAAAGAUUAAAAACACCAGAUCUUUUCAAAUUUCCUUUCUUUGAAGCCAUAUGCUGGUUUGUAGCCAAAAGUUUGCUGGAAACCUUGAAAGAACUGAAAGAAGAUGGUUUCCAGCCUCAAAGUUACUUAGUACGGGGAGUAAAAGCACUGCACACUGCUUUAAAAUUGUGGAUGAAAAAAGAACUUGUAUCUGAACAUGCCUUUGAGAUUCCAGACAAUGUUAGACCUGGGCAUCUUAUUAAGGAACUUUCUAAAGUAAUUCGAGCAAUAGAGGAGGAAAAUGGCAAACCAGUUAAAUCUCAGGGAAUUCCUUCUGUGUGUCCAGCUUCACGGCCCUCAAAUGAGGCAUCUCCACCAUAUCAUUCCCGGAGAAAGAUGAGGAAACUUCGAGAUCAUAAUGUCCGAACUCCUUCUAACCUUGACAUUCUUGAGCUCCAUACAAAGGAAGUCCUCAAAAGAUUAGAGAUGUGUCCAUGGGAGGAGGACCUACUGAGCUCUAAACUGAAUGGAAAAUUCAACAAACAUCUCCAGCCAUCUUCCACAGUACCUGAGUGGAGAGCGAAAGAUAAUGAUCUACGAUUACUGCUGACAAAUGGAAGAAUAAUUAAAGAUGAGAGACAGCUGUUUGCAGAUCGAAGUCUUUAUACAGCAGAUAGUGAAAAUGAAGAGGACAAGAAGCCAACACAGAAUGCAAACAUGAAGACAGAACAGAGCUCAGGAAGAGAGGAGGCCGAAAGUCAAGGCUCUCCCAAACCACUUAACAGGAUCUUUACAAGUGUGCGAUCGGAACUCAGGAGUAGACCGUCAGAAUAUUCUGAUGGCUCUGAUUCAGAAGACUCUGGGCCCGACUGCACUGCACUGAAAAUUAACUUUGCCACUGAAGAUUCUGAAAGUUCAGGUGAUGAAAAGAAACAUGAAAUAACAUCACACUUUAAAGAGGAGUCUGGUAUAGUGAGGAACCUCCUUCAGAAGAGCCAGAAGCCAUCUAGACAGGAAAUUCCAGUUAAAAGGGAAUGUCCUACCUCGACGAGCACAGAGGAAGAAGCUAUUCAGGGCAUGCUGUCCAUGGCAGGGUUGCACUAUUCCUCGUGUUUACAAAGGCAGAUACAAAGCACAGAUUGCAGUGGUGAGAAGAACUCUCUCCAGGAUCCCAGUAUUUGCCACGGCAGUAACCCUGAGUUUAGGCAAUUGUAUCGCUGCAAUAAACCAGUGGAAUUUGGAUACCAUGCCAAGACCGAAGAUCAGGAUUUGAUGACUUCUUCCUGGAAUAAACAGUUUGAUCGAACUUCCAGAUUUAAUGCUCAGGAGUUAAGUAGAAGCCAGAAACACAUCAAAAAGGAAAGCUCUUCAGAAACCAAUCAGAAGGCACAAAGCAGGCAUUGUGUGGACAGCAAUAACUCAAGCAUUCAGAAUGGAAAGUACACGCUGAAUCCCAGCUUGGUUUCAUGUAAUGGCAGUCUGAGCCCAGAAAGGCCUAUUGGUGAAACUUCUUUUUCAGUGCCCCUUCACCCCACCAAGAGACCUGCAUCAAACCCACCACCUAUCAGCAACCAGGCAACAAAAGGUAAACGUCCAAAAAAAGGAAUGGCAACAGCCAAACAACGUCUUGGGAAGAUUCUGAAAUUGAACAGAAAUGGCCAUGCUCGCUUCUUCGUUUGACAGAGCUGCUAUUACAGUCACUCUUCCCUUUGGAUGCCAGUCUCGGGGAGUGGAAGCCUGGAGUUUCCCCCACCCCGCCUGGAGCAGUUUGUGUGUACAGUAAGAAUACUGCCUGAAGAACAGAAUGGACCUGAUGCUGCAUUUUCACUGUGCCACACCCACUCAGCAAUAACCCUUGGACCUGGUGGGGAGAGGAAGGCAGAGGGUAGUAGAACCUUAAAAAGAGACCUUGAACUGGAAAGGGGUCUCUUGUCAGGGCUUGAAUUUAAUUUUGUUGUUGGUAGUGUCUUGAUUUUAUUUUUCAGUAGUAGGAUAAAGAAUUAUCAAUAAUUUAUUUAACAGAUUUUUUUUUUUUUAAAGUUAACAGCUUUUAAUUUCUUUCUUUUUUUUAAAGCUAUUUAUUUGGAAGAUUUCUGGAGAAAUAUCUCACUAAUUUAGAUUUAAGAAUGUGAAGGUUUUUAAAUUAUUUUUGAUAGUGUGUGUGUUACAUGUGGAGAAGAGCCGCAGUAACAGUAGCUAGUCUGGACUCUUAAAUUUGAUAUUCAGGUUAAAGUCUUAAACAGGGAUUUGAUGCAUUAAUUAUUUUAAAUUAAGAUGUAUAUGAAAUCAUUUUAUUUUAUAUAUUUCAUGUGUUUUUUAUAAGCUAUUAGCUUCGCUUUUGCUAACAUCCAAGGUGCAUACUAUAAUCCAGGUUGAUUCCCUUAUACCCCACCUUCCCUCUGCAGCCCAGUCCCCAAUGUUUUGAGACAACCCAAGACUCUUCUCUUUGCAGGGAAACAUGUUCAUAGCCAAUGUUAAAGAACCACAUAAAAGAGUCCUCAUUUCUCAUUUCUUUUGACAUUGUGGUUUUCUUCUACAAGUAACAAAUCUGGCUUGUUUCAUUUUCAUUUUUCUGGGUCCCAAAGAGAACAGCUUUAAUGUCUUUUUCCUGCUUAUGGGGAAAGUAUAAGUUUGGUUAAAAUGUAAUGUUUGUCGUUUUUCCAAAAACCUUUAUAAUUACAGAGGGCCUUCUUCAAUACUGCUGGUGUUGGAAGAGCCAACAUCUAUCACAGGCUUUUAUUAUCUAGACAUCAUUUUUUUAAGAAAUACAAUUUGAUUUAGGAUGUUCAAAUCUGCAUAAAAGCCGUAAUAUAUACCAUAUUAAGUUGUAUAAUAGCAAGCAUGUUGGAAUAGAUCUGUGUGUGUGUGUGUGUGUGUGUGUGUGUGUGUGUGUGUGUGUGCGCGCGUGUGCGCGCACACGCUACUUUUUUGUUUUUUAAUUUUCUGAAUUAAUACAGAUUUGGAGUAAAAUGGGUGCUUUUUGCAGUUUCUUCCAAAUGUCUUGGCUAGUAGGAUAUGGAGGUUAAGUGUCUGGUUGAACUUUAAGAUAAUAAUUUAUCUCCUUUAUGUACAAUUUUUACUUAAAUGCAAUUUUUCAGUGGCUUAUAAUAGUUUUUAGUAUCUCCAUUUUCCCCUCAUGACAUAAAAAUAAAUUGAUAUUGGGGGUCUGAUGAUACCACAUUUUACAAAUUCCUACAAAGACAAUAUAGGCAAAUAACAUGAAAUUUAUUUUUAUGGAGAAAUAUGGCUAUAUAAUGGAUUUGUUCUUUUCAAUUCAGCAAAGUAGGUACACUUUUACUUCUGUAUUAAGCAUUAAGGUGAAAGGAAAUAAUUAUGCACCAUUAUCUUUCAUAGUUGCAUUCAAAAUAUGUAUUUCCAAAGAGAAACAUUUCUUAUUCUGUCUCUUUUACAAUAUUUAAUGGGAUAAGGAAGUUACGAAUUCACCUUCUGGUCCAGAUUAUCUGGACCAAAGUUUCCAUUGUAUUUUGAGUGUCAGGAGAAGAAGGAUUUUUAUGGAGUUCUUAGUAUCUGUAGACAGCAUCCCUAGCCCCUGCCUACACGAUGCCAUAACUAGUGGAGAGAGGGAUACAGUCAGCUGGUUGGUGUAUUUCAACAUGCAGAAAUCUGAAUGUGGCUGACCACUCACCUUUCCACAAUAUAUCACUGUGAUGUCUUAGUUUUCUGUUUUAUUGUUAGAUCACAUAUUUUUAUUUGGGUUAAAAAAUAAUAGUGAUGACUUCUUUUCCCAGUUAUGAUCUAGAUUUGUUUUAAACAACUCAAAAUAUUUUAAUUAUUUUGUUUUUUGGCCUUAAAAGUUAAAAUUUAUUCUUAUGAAUUAAAAUUAUGGCCAGUAUCUUCCCUGUGUCCUUAGGCUGAUGAACACUAAUUUUGGGUUGCCACAUAUGUAAUGUUUUAAAUCACAGUUUUGUGGAUUCAUUUUAAAAAAUCAUUUUACCCUAUUAAUGGACUAAAUGACAAAACUUUUAGCCAGUUAAUAUAGCCACUAUGAAAGAAUCCAGGUAUCUUUCUUCAUUGAUAAAAAUUCAGCUACACAGCCAAAUGAUUUUUCUAGUCAAACUUCUUCUAAAGUUCUCCAUCUGUGGUGUGUCCUUUUAUCUCAUAGAAAUGGCUGGACUUUGAAGUGUGACUACUGCUAGGAUCUGGGCUCAGUAAUAGGUAGUCUCUGUCUUUCCCAUAUUCUCACAAGUAGUAUACCGCAGCUUAAGUCAGAAGAUAUUGGUGAUAGCAUUAGUUAGCUAUAAGCAAAUAAAAUGUGUAAAGUUGAGAAACAGUGACUUGCACAUGCAGCUUUAAUAGUAGUGGUGAUCCUGUCUUAAUUCAGCUAAGUGACCCUUAACCUGGGAUCUACUGUACUGUAAUUUUCAACACUAUAUAAUAUUAUGCUCCCUAGUAUUGGUGAAUGAUUAGCAAUACAAAACUGGCAGCUUAGUAGUUCAGGAUCUUUGGAAUACAUUGAAAUUCAUAAAUGAAGUUCAUUUUUGAAGCACACGAUUCAAAUCAUAAACUCAGAGGAGACAAGUCCAUUUAUAUGGCUGAACGCUUAGCUUGAAUACCCUUCUGUAUUUACUAAUCCUAAUUAAUUCCUUUUCCAUGUAUUUUACUGUACUUAUUCAUAAGCGAUCAGCAGGUAUUAUCAGACACUUACGGAGUGCUCAGAAGUAGCAAGUACUGUGAGGAACCUCAAGUUCAGUUUUGUCUGUCCGGGAAGGUGUCUUCUCCAGGAGGUUUGCAGUGUUGUUUUGACUUCUAACAAAGUUGAGCAGAAGGUGGCCCAUUUGUAAACAGAACAAACAAAACAAAAUCCAACUUCAUUAGGUUCAAUGAGAUAUACCACUCACAAAAUACUCAUGUUCUUUUAACAUUUAAGAAAAAUUCUAGCCAGGCAGUGGUGGCACAUGCCUUUAAUCCCAGCACUUGGGAGGCAGAGGCAGGUGGACUUCUGAGUUCAAGGNCAGCCUGGUCUACAGANNGAAUUCCAGGACAGCCUGGGCUACACAGAGAAACCCUGUCUCAAAAAAAGAAAAGAAAAGAAAAGAAAAAUUCUA